GGCCCCGCCUGGGCCGCCGUCUCCUGUCGGCCGCCGCCACCCAGGCCGUGCCGGCCCCCAACCAGCAGCCCGAGGUCUUCUACAACCAGAUUUUCAUAGACAAUGAAUGGCAUGAUGCCGCCAGCAAGAAAACAUUCCCCACAGUCAAUCCGUCCACGGGAGAGGUCAUCUGUCAGGUAGCUGAAGGAGACAAGCAAGAUGUGGACAGGGCAGUGAAGGCUGCCCGGGCUGCCUUCCAGCUGGGCUCACCCUGGCGCCGCAUGGAUGCGUCUGAGAGGGGCCGCCUGCUGCACCGCCUGGCCGACCUGAUUGAGCGGGACCGGACCUACCUGGCAGCCUUGGAGACUCUGGACAAUGGCAAGCCAUACGUCAUCUCCUACCUGGUGGAUUUGGACAUGGUCCUCAAAUGUCUCCGGUAUUAUGCUGGCUGGGCCGAUAAGUACCAUGGGAAAACCAUUCCCAUCGAUGGAGACUUCUUCAGUUACACCCGCCAUGAACCCGUGGGGGUGUGUGGGCAGAUCAUCCCGUGGAACUUCCCACUCCUGAUGCAAGCGUGGAAAUUGGGCCCAGCCUUGGCAACUGGAAACGUGGUUGUGAUGAAGGUAGCUGAGCAGACGCCACUCACUGCCCUCUAUGUGGCCAACUUGAUCAAGGAGGCCGGCUUUCCCCCAGGCGUGGUCAAUAUUAUUCCUGGAUUCGGCCCCACGGCCGGGGCUGCCAUCGCCUCACAUGAGGAUGUGGACAAAGUGGCAUUCACAGGUUCCACUGAGGUUGGCCACCUAAUCCAGGUUGCUGCAGGGAACAGCAACCUCAAGAGAGUGACCCUGGAGCUGGGGGGGAAGAGUCCCAACAUCAUCAUGUCAGAUGCUGACAUGGACUGGGCCGUAGAGCAAGCCCACUUCGCCCUGUUCUUCAACCAGGGCCAGUGCUGCUGUGCUGGCUCCCGGACCUUUGUGCAGGAGGACGCUUAUGCUGAAUUUGUGGAGCGGAGCGUUGCCAGGGCCAAAUCAAGGGUGGUUGGGAACCCUUUCCACAGCCAGACCGAGCAGGGGCCACAGGUGGACGAAACUCAGUUUAAGAAGAUCCUUGGCUAUAUCAAAACUGGGAAGCAAGAGGGGGCGAAGCUGCUGUGUGGUGGUGGGGCCGCUGCUGACCGUGGCUACUUCAUCCAGCCCACCGUGUUCGGAGAUGUGCAAGAUGGCAUGACCAUCGCGAAGGAGGAGAUCUUCGGGCCAGUAAUGCAGAUCCUGAAGUUCAAGACCAUAGAGGAAGUUAUUGGGAGAGCCAACAAUUCCAAGUAUGGGCUGGCUGCAGCUGUCUUCACGAAGGACUUGGACAAAGCCAAUUAUCUGUCCCAAGCCCUCCAGGCUGGCACUGUGUGGGUCAACUGCUAUGAUGUGUUUGGGGCCCAGUCACCAUUUGGCGGCUACAAGAUGUCAGGGAGCGGCCGGGAGCUGGGCGAGUAUGGUCUGCAGGCCUACACCGAAGUGAAGACGGUCACCGUCAAAGUUCCUCAGAAGAACUCUUAAAGAAUUGUGCCAUCUGCCGUCCUCAUCCAGUGAUGGAAAGUUCAGCGAGAUCAGCAACAAAACCAAGAAAAAUAACCCUUGCAUGCUGAAAGUCUCGAAAAGAGAAAUUCUUUCACAAAAUCUCUGCGUCAAGAAAGUCCCGGAAUUUGAAUUGAUAAACAGGGAGGGUUGGUGGGGUGAAGAGUAUGUGAAAAGCCUUUUAAAGUGCAACAAUACUAGCUUGCAGGGUGAUUUAAAAAAAUAGAUUAAAAUGUCUUACCCUGCCUCUCUUAUACACUUAUGUAACUGGCCUUUAUGGGGGAAGAAAAAACCAUUGUUUGCAGUUGUAUUAGCAUCAAGGCUGCUGCUUGUAUUACACCUUGCUUUGUAUUCUGGACAAAAACUCAUUAAAAAUAGUGCUGCUGUUAA